CGUUGAUAAGCACAGACGUUUCAAAAGCCUUUUCUCUGCGAUAAGCAACGGUCCACCACAGACUGAACUACAAUGAGAGUUUUGAUUGCCCUAGCGUGCUUGUUGGCACUGGCGGGAGCUGCUAGUAUUGGCGGAAUUAAACCAAAAGUUUCUCGCGAAUUGGUAGAACGUACCGGACCUAAUCCCAUCGUUCAAAAGACUGAUGCGGAUGUCAACACGGUCGACAAUAACGUCUACCAAAUCGCCGAUAAAGACGCCCCUGCUGCCAGUAACGAAGCCAAUAAUGACAUAGGCAGUGGCAGCAACAGGGCUUGGCCUGGAGCUCCAGUAUAUAGAAGGAAAUUCAUUUCGUCUAAUGGACCCCGACCAGAUCCGAAACUGAUCCAGAUUUUCGUGGAACCUACGAAAGCAAUGCUGACGAUUCAAAUGAUUCUGAUAGUAUUGGCGUUGUCCGCGUGUAUUACCUCAAAGAUUUUGACGGUAGCUUUAGUCGUGGAAGAUUUGGGUUUCGUGGAGGACAUAGUUACACUGGUCCUGAUCGUGACGUAUUUGGGCGCAGAGGUGGAUAUGGUGGAUAUUAUUAUGGUCGAAAAUAAGAACUAUGAUUUGAAGUUUUAUUAGUGAUGUUCAUUUUUUGUCGGUGGAUGGUAUUUUUGUUCCAACUAGGAUAAAGCUUUUCGUCAUAGAAAAGCCAAAGAUUCCACCCUUCUAAUAACAAUUUAAAAAAGAGAAAUCUGUAUGAAAUGAUUAAUAAAUUUAUUACAGCAUUA